AUGUUCCCCGAUUUGCUUCUAAGCAACGAGGAAAAAUUUUAUAAAAAUUUCUUCGAUGAAGUUGAUGUUUCCUUUCUAGUUUUCCAGCGUUGCAGGGGUAGAACUUUGGACACAUUAACGGAAGGAUUUGAAGUGCUCGUUAUUUUUUUCUGUGCUCUCUUGUUCUUUGGCUGUUUGGCGUGUGUUAGUUGUCAGUAUUGGCGCCGUACGGCUCUUCGCACCAUUUGUUGGUAUUUAAAGUUCUUUGAGGCAUUACUCGACGCCGAGACGGAAGAAACUUCUCGCAUGUUGUGUAGUGGUGGUUCACACAUUGUAGAAAAGGCCCCUGCGGCCGUAGAGAGUUAUCACGUGGGUGAAGUAGUUCAACAUGGUGUGCGCCAUCUUGCCGUUAUCAUGGAUGGAAAUCGAAGAUAUGGUAAACGGACCGCGGUGAGUGAUGCACCUACGGAAGUGGUAAAAGAAAUAUGUGAGAACAUUCUUAAGGAAGAGUGUGCAAUGACGGAAAAGGAUGAAAUGUACACUCGUCUCGUCUCACUUCUUCGACACACCGUUUUGGAUGGACACCGCGUGGGUGGUGAGAAACUUAUGGAGUUUGUGAAUGACUGUAUUCAUCUUGAUAUUCAAAUGCUCACUGUUUAUGCUUUUUCAACGGAAAACUGGGGUAGGUCUUCUUUAGAAAUUGACGUAUUAAUGUCACUGUUUUACUUUUACUUUGAACGUAUGCGUAACUUUGCUAAAGAGAAACAUAUCUUUAUACGAUUUAUUUCCCCAGUUUUUGAGCGAAUUUCACCUCGUAUGCGUAAACUUAUGAUAAAUAUUGAAGAGGAAACCCGUAAACACACUCCACGGCGUUUCGUUCUUAAUGUUUGUGUUAGCUACAGUGGUAGGGAUGAGGUUGUCAACGCCUGUAACCGCCUUGAGCAACGCGUAAAUAAAUCAGUCCCUAUUUCAAAAGAAGAGUUUAUGAAUCAAAUGCUACGUAGUGUUACUCAGGAUAAUCAUGAGGAUGAAGACGCCUGUAUUUUCGCCGAUUGUGGUGGGACUGAGCCACAAUUACUGCUUCGUACGAGUGGCGAACAAAGAUUGAGUAACUUCAUGUUGUAUGAAUGUGCUUACACAGAGUUUCUUUUUGUCAACAAGACAUGGCCGGAGAUUACCAGGGUAGACCUCAUUCGUCUCUUACGUGAUUACAGUCAACGUGACAGACGCUGUGGUAAAUAG